CCUGUUAACACCAGUGUUAGUACUAUUCAUGUUCCUACCAAUAUAUAUGAUCAAUCUUUGAAGAUUUUAAAUGGUGUGAAAUGGACUGAAAGUUUAAAUGAUGCGUUUAUGGAUAAUACUCGGAAUGACCCAACAUUAACGUGGCAGUAUUUCUGUAGUUCUGAUGGUUUCUUCAGAAUAUUUCCAGGAAUGAAAUGGCCACGAGAUUCUGAUAGUGUUGAUACAUUUGAUUGUAGAGUUCGACAAUGGUAUAUAGAAGCAGCUACAUCCAGAAAAAAUAUAAUUAUAUUAUUAGAUGCUAGUGGGAGUAUGAAAGGUUUACGUAUGGAAAUAGCCAGGAAUACUGUAGAUAAAAUACUACAAACCUUCAGUAAUCAUGAUUAUUUCAAUAUAUUAGAGUUCUCAGAAAAAGUAUCUUAUGUAGACCAGUGUUUUAAUCGAACGUUGAUGCAGGCCAACGCAGACAAUAUCAAACGUGUUCAAGAGAAACUGAAAGCAACAGAAACAUCUUACAUUGCCAAUUUUGAACGAGCAUUAGUUGAAGCGUUUGAAUUAUUUAGAAAUGUAAAGAAGAAGAAGAAAUUUGAUCUGUGUAAUAAAGCUAUUAUGUUAGUAACUGAUGGUGCAACAGAGAAUUAUGAGUGGAUAUUUGAUCAAUAUAACUGGCCUGAUAAAGCUGUUCGUGUGUUCACUUUUCUUAUCGGUCGUGAAGUAUCAGAUACAAGACAAGUAAAAUGGAUGGCCUGUGCUAAUAAAGGUCACUAUGAACAUAUAUCUACUAGAGCUGAUGUACAAGAAAAUGUUCAGCAAUAUGUAAAAAUACUCAGUCGACCGAUGGUACAAGAAAAAUAUCACAAUAUGAUAUGGACUCCAGUAUAUCUAGAUUAUCCUACAGAACAUGGACUAGGGUUAAUGACUUCAGUGGCUAUUCCUGUAUUUGAUGGAAGAACAAAAAGUGAAGGAGAAGAAGAUCCAGCUACUAAUUUAUUAGGUGUUGUAGGAACAGAUUUACCUAUAGAUGUUAUUAAACGAUUUGUUCCUGAUUCUAUGCUUGGUGUUAAUGGAUAUUCUUUUGCAACAACUAACAAUGGUUAUGUUUUAUUUCACCCAUAUUUUAGACCUUUUUUAGAUAUAGUACAAGAUUUUGUAGAUGUCAUUAAAGAACCACGACCGAAUUAUAACAGUGUAGAUUUAUCUAAGGUUGAAAUGGCGUUAGAUAUUGACCAGUUUAAUCAGGUAUAUUCUUUUAACCAACCAUCUUCAAAAUGUUACAAACUUUGUCUAAUACCUUGA